GGACAGAAAAGACUCCGUCAAUUCUUAUCAGCAUUCACACCCUUCUCCCACGCUUUCUCCGCCCCUCCUCAAACUCUAAUCCCUCCACCCUUCCUCUCUUUUAUAUCUUCACUUCUCCUUUUUAUCUUCUACACAUUCUCUGGAUUCCUCCCCUCAAGCUCUUUUUUGUAUGGCUCCAACGAUGGAAGACCAACAGAUGAUGAGGGGACAAUACAGGGUGGUGGUGAUCGGAAGUGGAAACUGGGGCAGCGUCGCAGCCAAGCUCAUUGCCUCCAACACCAUCAAACAACCAAUCUUUUAUGAUGAAGUAUGGAUGUGGGUUUAUGAAGAAACAUUGCAUACAGGCGAGAAACUCUCUGAAGUCAUCAAUCAAACCAAUGAGAAUGUCAAAUAUCUACCAGGCAUAAAGCUUGGAAACAAUGUUAUAGCAGAUCCUGACCUUGAGAAUGCAGUGAAAGAAGCAAACAUGCUAGUCUUUGUGACACCCCAUCAAUUUGUGGCGGGCAUCUGCAAGAGGCUGGUAGGGAAAAUAAGACCUGGCACCGAGGCCAUCUCCCUCAUUAAGGGAAUGGAGGUCAAGAUGGAAGGACCCUUCAUGAUUUCAAAACUUAUCACCGAUAUGCUUGGAAUCAACUGUUGUGUUCUUAUGGGUGCUAAUAUUGCCAAUGAGAUUGCUGUCGAGAAGUUCAGUGAAGCAACAGUUGGCUAUAGACAGGAUAAGGAGGUUGCACAGAGAUGGGCGAGAUUGUUCAGCACCCCCUAUUUUCUAGUGUCUAUUGUGCAGGAUGUGGAGGGAGUAGAACUAUGUGGGACAUUAAAGAACGUGGUGGCCAUAGCAGCAGGUUUGGUUGAUGGCUUGGACAUGGGAAACAAUACCAAGGCAGCAAUAAUGAGGAUUGGUCUGAGGGAGAUGCGCGCCUUCUCCAAGCUGUUGUUCUCUUCAGUUAGAGACAGCACCUUCUUUGAGAGCUGUGGUGUGGCUGAUCUGAUAACAACAUGCCUUGGAGGAAGAAACAGAAAAGUUUCUGAGGCCUUUGCUCGAAGUGGUGGCAAAAGAUCUUUCGAUGAACUAGAAGCAGAAUUGUUGCAAGGCCAAAAACUACAGGGUGUGUCCACGGCAAAAGAAGUUUAUGAAGUUCUGAGUCACAGAGGAUGGCAAGGGUUGUUCCCACUUUUCACAACAGUGCAUGAGAUCUGCAUCGGCCAACUCCCUCCAUCUGCAAUAGUGGAAUACAGUGAACAUACACCAAAUUUCUCGCUUGUGGAAGGUUCUGCUCUAUAUUAUUGAAUCCUAAAAUAGAACAUGUAUUGAUUCUACAUAGCCAUUGCACUUGCAGCAAACAUGUAACUUGCAUUUCUGUAGGAUUUUCUUGGACUAAGUCAUUUAUAAGUGUGAAUCAAAAUAGUCAGAAAAUAUACUUUUGGUUUGAACAAUCAAUUUCAUUGUCUUGUGACA